CUCUCGGCCGACAGCCGACAUGAAUUUAGUCGCCAUCUUUGCUUCAACCUUCAAUCGCCUCUAUAGAUUCGCGGGCGUUUCAUCGCCGUUUUUCAAUGUUUUUCUUAAACAAAACGUGAUUGUUCUUGUCUACAAUAGCGUAAAAAGUUUCCUGGAGUUCACGUAACAGUUCAGUGUGAAAAUGAGCUUUUUCGGAUUCGGACAAACCGCGGAUAUAGAGAUCGUAUUCGACGAUGCUGACAAGCGGAAGGUAGCGGAGGUGAAAACGGAUGACGGCAAAAAGGAGAAAUUACUGUUGUAUUAUGACGGCGAAACUGUGUCGGGGCGGGUGAACGUCACGCUGCGGAAGCCGGGGUCGAAGCUCGAGCAUCAAGGAAUCAAGGUCGAACUAAUAGGGCAGAUCGAAUUGUUCUACGACAGAGGUAACCAUCAUGAAUUCAUAUCGCUAGUGAAGGAAUUGGCUCGGCCUGGAGAUCUCCUGCAACAUACGUCGUAUCCAUUCGAAUUUGCAAACGUAGAGAAGCCCUAUGAGGUGUACACAGGCGCUAAUGUCAGACUGAGGUACUUCCUACGCGCUACCAUCGUCCGCCGCUUAACUGACAUCGUAAAGGAGGUGGACAUCGCUGUACACACGCUCUGCAGCUACCCUGACGUUCUAAACUCCAUAAAAAUGGAGGUGGGCAUUGAAGACUGCCUCCACAUAGAGUUUGAAUACAACAAAUCAAAGUACCACCUCAAAGAUGUGAUAGUCGGUAAAAUAUACUUUUUGCUAGUCCGUAUCAAGAUAAAACAUAUGGAGAUAUCUAUUAUCAAACGUGAGACAACUGGAUCAGGACCAAAUACAUUUACGGAGAAUGAAACCGUUGCGAAAUAUGAGAUCAUGGACGGGGCUCCAGUGAGAGGUGAAAGCAUACCUAUAAGAGUGUUCUUGGCGGGAUAUGAUUUGACCCCGACAAUGAGGGACAUCAAUAACAAGUUUUCUGUCAGGUACUAUCUAAAUCUAGUACUGAUGGAUACUGAAGAUCGCCGCUACUUCAAACAACAGGAGGUGACUCUAUGGAGAAAGAGUGAUAAAUCGAGGUUACUGUUACAUAAUCCCCAUCAUCCACAGACACAAACUCUGACACAUUCCUCUGAAACCCCGUCUCAAAGGCAGCAAAAUGCAGCUAAUUCAGACUAUGUGGGUCGAGCGAUUUCUCCACUACACCAAGAGAACCAUCAACAAGGCCCUCCGCUUGUUGACGAAGACCACAAACCCUCCGAAAUGGAGCAGGAUCAAACUGAGGAGAUAACUAACAAAAUGUCCAAUGCACAUAUUGAGAAUAACCAGCCUGAAAAUGAAAAUUCAGAAAUACUGCCUCCUGUGGCUGAAAAGCCUAAAGUUGCUGAGAAGCCAGCGGUAGCGGAGAAGCCUCAAGUAGCAGAAAAGCCGCAGAUUGCCGAGAAGCCCCAGAUAGCGGAGAAGCCAGUGAGUGUAACCCGGUCAGAAAGUGCAGAGGCCGAACCGAGUCAAUAGCCGAUAUGCACAUGCGCCGUCAACCUUACUGUUGAUGACGAGAUGAACUGUAUGUUUUCUUAUUUGAAAACAAUUGUGUAAAGCUUCAAAAUCGAGUUUUGAGUUUGUAUCUUUCAAAAAUUUUAAUUGAAAUUCUAUGAUUUUUAUGAAUGAAACUUCGUUGUUAAGUUUACAAGUGAAAUUUAAUUUGAAAAAGAAACUUAUUCUUCAAUAUCAGUUUUUGAACAAAGAAGGUUCCUAACAAAAUUCAAUCUUUAUCUUACAGAUGUCAUUUUAAAGUUAUAGUGAAAUUUUUGAUGGAUAUAAACUCGAAAAUCAGCCUAUAGAUUAGUUUCAGAAUGACUGUUACAGCAAUAUUUCCGUUGCUGGCAAUUAUUGCCAGUUUGCAAUGCUGCCUUGCUCUAGCCAAUGUUAGAGUGAGAGAUGUAGCUUUUACAGAAGUUAUAUUAUAUAUUCUAUGUAAAGUAAAACUAGUAAAAGCCAUUUGUUGUUAAAAUGAAAUAGCCGACACAUCAAGAGUUUCCGAGUGAAAUUUCAGGUUUAUAAAAUUCAAAAAGGACAGUCUAAGUCAGACAUACUCAACCCUUUUACAUAAAAUCUAACCAUGAGGCCUACAGAAAAAAAACGAAAUUGUUAUCUGCCUCUCCCCCUCUUGCAUAUUUGAGCGAUAGAAAGGCAGAUUACGAAAUUUCGAUUUUGGCAUUAGACCCUCAGGAUUGCUAGGUUGAGUAGGUAUAUAUAGUAUGGUAUAUGUUGUUGUAGUUUUGCUAAAUUGCAUAUAAGUAACAAAACAAGUCAACAACUAUGGAAAAGACUGGAAAGUUGAACGUUUGUAUAUAAAAAUGGGGGUAAUACUAAUUUGAUGUAAAGAAAUGCAUUUUUCUAUUUACAGCUACAGUUUAUUUUGGUAAAAUAUGACAGAAAAUGUAAUAUCAAAUACCUAAUUAUGUUCUGUUCAAAGUAAAAUGUUUAAAACAAUGACUAGGUAUUGAAAAUAAUUGUAUUAAUUAUCUAGAGUUAUCAAACAGUUAUAUAUUUAAAGUUGUUUUGAAUGAAUAUGUUAUCUAAAAAGCUAUUCACUGCUUUAUAAGUUUUAUUUUAAUAGUAAAAGUCGCCAUUCAGUUAUAAGCAAUAACUUUUAUUCGCUAUACAUAUAACAUUUUGUAUAUAUUGACUGGAUCAUAUUUGGCACUAUAAAAUCGAAGUGUCAUAGAGAAUAUAUACCAUAAGCUAUUAAAAAAAGUUAUAGAAGGGUUAAUAUAUUUAUCAUCUUUUGGGAAACAAUUCUGUUGUACUCAAAAAGGGAUUACAAGUCAAGCUUGCGAGUGCGACACAGGUCCCUUUAAUUUGAGAAAUACACAUUUCACAUUUGUUUUCUAAAAUUUUUGAUAAAAGUAUUGACACUUUUUGUUCUCAGCCAGUUUUAGUAUGUGUGAAUGAGAUGAAAUCUCAUUAGUACUAAGUAGGGAGUGCUCCCGGUACUGGUUUUCUAUACAAAUACAGUACCGGAACCGGGAAUUCCCAGUUCUCGCCAUACAAACUCGGUACCGGGAGCAUUCCCUAGUACUAAGGCUAUUCAAGUAUUACUUUAUAUUAUCAGGUAUUGUCAGGUAGAAUAGCUUUUUAAAUGUUUAUUUGUCACUACUGUACAGUGGCGGUGCGUCAAACACAAUUUUUGUGGAAGUAGGAGCAUAUUUGGCAUGCCUUUUUUGAUACCUGUAAGAUAAGGCACUCAACUCCCUUUUAGGUAAGCCGAUUGAAAUCGGGUUCUAUGCACGCACCGCCACUGCUAUAGUAUCUCACAUAGUGUGAGUGAUUCUGUGAUUAAUAACUGCUUCAACAAAUGUGACGUUUUCAGGCAAAAGGCACUUGUCAAAAAUUCCUUUUUUAAUUGCGUCUUUAUGCUUACCCCUUGCGCCUUAUUUACAACUUAACCGGUACCUUUUGCCUGACAGCGUCACAAAUACUGGUUUGUGCCUGUAAAGUACUAACACGCGAGAAUAUGUAGAUAGAUGUGUCUCACAUGAAUUUUAGGAACUUAGGAGGAUCUAGGAAAUAGCCUAAAGAGAUAUUUUAAUAUUUCGCUUUUCACUUAUUAUUUUUUCUUUUUUUAUACUAUCCCAGUUGCAUCCUAAUGGAGCUUAAACGCACAGUCAGCAUCAGAAGUAACUAAGCGGGGGAGUAUUCAAAAUGAUCUACACACCCUCUUAUUGUCUUGAUAAUUAAGUUGUGUUCAGAUCAUUUUGGAUAUUUCGGCCGCAUAAUUACUUCUUCUGCUGUUUGUACUAGAGUUGUUGAUAGUGUUUACUUCUAAUUUAAUAUUUACAACAAUAACCUUCUAUUAACCCAACGCUAAUCACGACACGUUGUCGUUUUGCCACUACGAAGCAUUUCCUUUACAUACCGGAAAACCCAUGUUAUUGGCUACAACCGUAGCUCAGCAGUGAACGUGUUAAAAACACACAGAUAAAGUGCCAUUCUAUGGAACUGGCUAACUAUGUAAACAAAAGUCAAUAGUAAAUUCAUCAUUCAGAGACAAUUUCAAUAUGGCGGUUUGUUUAAAUAGUUAGCAAGUUCCAUAGAAUGACACUUUACGAAGCAUUUCUGCUACAUACCGGAAAACCCAUGUUUUCGAGUGCUACGACCGUAGCUCAGCAGUGAACGUGUUUGUUUUGGGCUAUAUUCUUAGAUUUAUCCUCAUAUAGAAAUCAAAGUGUAUCUUUUUCACCGUAUAGUGAUUUUAUUACAAUAUUUUAUGUAACAUGAUUGCAUCGUUUGCCUUUAACAUCAAUUUAUAUCAAUCUAGUGUACGCUACCAAUUGAGUCGGAAAUGAAACUUUGUACACAAGGGCAAUGAAAAUAGGACACGUUGUAUGGAAAUUUCCAUAGAAAGUGGCCCUUUUUUUUGCUCUCGAGUAUGUUGCCCUUUCUACGCCGCUCCACAACGAAGCUUAAGCCACUUUAUGAAACUAAAAUCAAAGAUAAGUAAAUAAUAAAGAUUGUCAAUGUUCAUACUAUUGUCAUUCUUGUAUGAUUACAACUGUCUAAUUUUGACGUCAUCGGCAACAAUAAGGAAAACGAUUUUUAUGAAGACUUAUAAAGAUAAGUAAAUAAAAGUAUUUAGUUGUCUUAGAUUUUAGUCAAAAAGUGGGGUUAAAAGUGAAAUAUUAACGAUUAAGUAACCUCAGCGACAAGAUAGAAAUGAAUCUAAAAGACUAAUUGUCUGUAAAAAGUAUACUAAAACUUGUAUAAUUAUGAAAAUAUUAGUAAUUUAGGUUUUAAAAGAUGCGGGCCUGUCAUGGCGUCAAAAUUGUAUAUUAUUUUAAAUAUGGGUCCAUUUUUAUUUCAGCUUUGCUUUUGACUUGUAUAUGAUGGGUAAUUGUAAACUUUUAUUAUUUUAACAUCGCCUGGCGGCCCGCCAUAGUUAUUCAUUGUCAGUGUAUAGCAAAAACUGCGAGCCAUCCAUCUAUGUUCAGUAAUAAUACGUAAAAGUAGUUAAAACUUCUGAUUUUCUACAAUAAAAGCCAGCGACAAGUAUUUCGCAAAAUCUGUUCAUCUCCGUAGAAAGUAACGUGCUUUUAUGUAGAGCGCCAAAUGCAAAACGCAAGCAUAGAAAUAUAGCAACGCCAUCUAGUGAGCUCUCUAAGAGUUAAAAACGGAAUGGCGUUGCGCUUUUAUUUCUAUACUUGAAACAUCUUAGUCGCGCCAUCUACACGAAACAACUAUCAUGAUGCACUUAGUGUGGAAAUAGUCAUUGUUUAAAAGUAAUUUAACUGUUACAUAGAUGCAAGAUGGCUCACCGUAUUUCCGAACACUGUUUAUUGUAAUGUAAAUUAGGGGAAAGUCCAUGUUAUGUAAAACAUAUUCUGUUAUAAUAUGUAUAUCAUAUUGUUUUGGUUUUAGUGUCUUAUUGUAUAAAAGGAUUAUUCUUUUUUUCUAAUGAGAUUAAGAGCGCAUGUCGCAUGUCGAUUAUAUCAUAUUGUUAAUAAAAUGUAAUAUAUAUAUGA